UUCUAGGCACUUUACAUAUUCUGUACUAAAUCAUUUUAACUUUACAAAAGCCUUUGAUACUGGUACUUUUAUUAACCGAUUUUACCAAUGGGGAAACUGAGUUCAUUUGCUUGUCCAAGGGUAUACAGCUAAUUAAGUGGCAGAGCCAGGAUUUAGAGUUUGGACAAUUUAUCCUCAUCCCUGGACUAGUCUUAACCACUGUGGCAGUGGUUCUUGACCUGGAGCACUUUUGCCCCAGGGGACAUUUGGUAUUGUCUGGAGAUGAUUUGGGUUGGUACUACUGGGUGUGAGAGCUGGAGAAAUUCUGAUAUCUGAUCAAGAUGCCUGGUAAACCAAAUGCUUCUAAGAAAAAGUAUCAACAGCUAAAAAGAAAUCCAAAAAGAAAAACUGAUGAUGAGGAAGUAGAGUUGUCAGAGGAAGAGGUUAGAAACACAGCAAAAAGAAAGCAAAAUCAUCCAAAGCAUCUGUCCCCUGAAGGACAACCAAAGCAUACUAAUAUAAAACAGAUAAAGAUAGCAUCCAACAAGAGAAAAACCUGGCAACCUCUUUCAAAGAGUAGCAGAGACCAUUUGCAAACUAUAAUGGAAUCGGCAAUAAUAACAAUUUUAAGUGAAAAUAUUAAAGAAAAAGAAGAAAUGCAAUAUCAUCUCAACUUCCUGAAGAAAAGAUUGCUACAACUGUAUGAAACCCUGAAAGUCCCUCCUGAAAAGCUGAAAGAUUUAGCCAAUGUGUCAAGUCUAUUGAAUAUGGAAAGGGCACAGGGCAGAGCCAAUGAGGAAAGUCUGGAAUUAUUGCAGGAAGAAAUAGAUAAAAUGGUAGAGACCACAGAGUUGAUGACUGGGAAUAUUCAGAGCCUAAAGAACAAAAUUGAAAUUCUGGCAAGUGAGGUGGAAGAAGAAGAGAAGACACUAAAACAGGUGCUCCAAGUGGAUAGUAGUGGUGUACUUGCUCUUCCAGAACUUUCUCAGAAUAGUCUUAAAGCACCCAUACUUCAGAAAGAAAUUUUGGCACUAAUUCCAAACCAGAAAGCUCUUCUAAAGGACUUGGAUAUUCUUCAUAAUUCAUCCCAGAUUAAGGACAUGUUAAUGUUCAUUGAAGAAGCCUAUAAGAAAUUGGAUGCCACUUGAAGAGUUUUUUUAAGAUUGUUUCAUAUUAAUUUAAUGUUUAUGCAUUUAUUAAACGAUUAACCCAUGAUAAUAUUACAGAGGCUGAGGCUUCUACAGGAUUUAUCCCCUGAUAUGCACUUUCAAAUUAGCUUCUGUAGAUCUACCAUUAGCAUCUAAUGGAUUUCUGAAAACUCUUUUUAGCAGUUGCCAAAUCUAUGAAAUCAAUAUUUAUGUUGUCGUAUUGCAAUUAUUUGCCUAAAACCGUUAAACAAGAACAGUCAUGAUCUAAUCAUUUAUAAUGGUUAAAUGAAGCUCAUUUACUGCUUAAAUAUGGAAUUGUGGUAUCUAAAUUAUGUACAGUACCUAGUAUAUAAAAGCACAAGUGUUUGCUAUAUCACUCAUUCUGUACUAAUGGCUUGCAUUUUCUGUCUGAUCAUCUGGAAGUUGAAAAAUCCUCAAAGGCCUUCACUUUUUUUACCUAACUCUGUAGUCUUUUUAUGAACUAGUUAACAUUUGCCAGGUAUAUUUAACUUUGGAGGUAACAAUAACAUUUUAUUUCUUUGGUUGGUUAGUGAAUAGAUGUUGAACAUUUAUUUUCUACUGUCAUGAAAGCAUACUUUUACUUGUAAAAUAAAAUAA